AUGGCACCGUUUCCCACAGGGCAUGUCAUUCUGAGACAAUUUGGUGAUGUCGGCGGCUCCUUGGGAGGAGUCGCCAAUACGAUAGGUAACGGCGCUGCGGGGGCAGUGGAGACUGUGGCAGACGGGGCAGGUGGUGCUGUCAACACAGCGGUGGAAACUGCAGGAGGGGCCGUCCAGACAGCAGCGGGCGCGGUCGGUGGUGCUGCAAACACUGUGGCGGGAGCUGUCCAGACCGGAGCAGGGCCUGUUGGGAGUAUAGCAGAUGAUGUCAGUCAAGUUGGAGCUCUUGUCGGACCACUCAAAGCCGCCAUGGACUUUUGGAAGAACAACAAGCAAGACAUUUACAUCGGCAAGUCGUGCGCCGGUCGCCAAGUUGACUUUGCUCAGGCGCCAUCGUCCUCAUUGUCGUUCUAUCACUCUUGA